AUGCGGAUUCUUGUCAUGAUGAGGCUCGUCCUCCUCCUGACUACGAUCGUUUCUCUUACUCGCGGCGCCUCGCCACCUCGCAGGGCACCUGCCCCGAUCAGCGCUACCGGCGCCGACCCACGCAUCACCUUCCCGGACCUCCUUUCGGGUCGCUACCAACACUCCACCUCCGCGGCCCCAACACGCCCCGGGAGCAUGUACAACUUCUGGAUGUCUCGCCCAUUCCACUCGGACGGUCGACCAAUCUUUGGUUUGGGUCAACCACCCCCCGUAUGGGCAGGGGAGUUGGAUCGGGCCUUGGCCGACUUCGGUGGUUUCCACGCUCGUGCGUAUCGCUCGCCGGAUCUGAUUAGCGUCACUCGCCAUCCUUCGCGUCUCAACGAGGUCGUCAUAGAUCCACCUAGCCAGGAUCUUGUUGACUGGGUGAAGGGGAUCGAUCAGACGCACCGAACUUUCGGUUCGAGUGCUGUGGCACAGGUGGCGUACGGAUACGACGUGCCACCCCUCGACGUGAAGGGCAAACGCAGAUGGUUCGGUUUGCGAAAGGCCAAAGCGCCAGAAGCGGUGGCGUGGGAUCGAAUUCAUGCGGCAGAACCAGUGAGGGUGACUAGGACCACCAAUUGGCAGGACCUGCGCAUAAAGCUCAAGAAGCAUCGCUUUCUGAGGUUUACCUCCGACGGAGGGAUGUCGUUGGGCGUCAGAGCCCGACCUGAUGGGCGGAUCCAGAGGCAGAUCAGGGGCGCUUUAGAGGGUGUGCCCCACUUCGCCGCAUAA